CGCCACGAAAUCUCUUAAAGCCUCUUAAUUUGUUUAUUUUUCUAGUUGAAAUGGCGAUGGAUCUUGAGAAAAUCUGUCGAACUUGUUUGGGUCUUGGUGGUCCAUUACUUUCUAUAUAUGAUGGUGGUGGAGGCGGUGGAUGUAUCGCUGACAUGCUACGAGAUUUUACCAAAACCAAGCCACGACGAGAAGAUAAACUGCCCGAAAGGGUUUGUUUAUCUUGUAUUAGCGAGAUUAAUCGUUGCUACUCAUUUAAGUUGAAAUGUGAGAACUCGUGCAGAACACUGAGGCAACUGGUACCUGAUGCGCCUCCAGAAGAAUCGGAAAAGGAGUUAUCAAAAGCAAAGGUAGUACAAGUUAAUAAGUGUGUGCAAACGAAUGCUGAUGUGCCGAAACAACUUACUACUGUUCAUACACAAACAAAAGAAAACGUGGUUUCCCAGACUAACCGGUAUGUGCAAACGACACCAAUAUGUAAUAUAACACAUAACAAAUCAACGUCCCCUAUAAGUGUGAAACCAAAUAAUACGUUAAGAUUUGAUAAAAUAAAAUUGGAAAAAACUUUAGGAGUUGAAUUUGGCGAAGAAAUUGAAAUUGUCGAAAGUAGUAAACUUCAGCGCCGAAAUAAUGUGCAACACACUUUAGCACUCAAGCGCCGACGAAUAGAUGAAUGCUACGAAGAGGUUGGGGAAGAUGGAGAAGAAAUUAUAAUGGAAUUGCAUACAGAUGAUCCGGAUAUUGUUGAUAAUUCAGAAGGAAUUACAUUAUAUUCGGCACUGAAUGCCGCCGUACAGGAUACAGAAGAAGUUAACGAUGAUACAACCACGUAUUAUCAGCUUACCCAUUCACAAUCAGAAAAUGAAAGCGAAAGCGGAAACGUUGCAAAUAAUGAGAAUAUCAUUAGCGAAACGAAUCAAUUGCGAGAUUGUGAUGAAGAAUUUGAUGAAGACGGUGUUUAUGCACGAUUUAUAUACACCGCAGAAGAAAAUGAGGCAUUUAAUACUGGCGAUGGGAAUACGCAAUCCGAGGAUUACAAUUUCACAAUUUUUAAAAAUGAUACUGGCGAAGCUGAAGUCUUAGCAAAGUCCACAGUGACAACGCGAUCAUCAUCAAAAGCGACUGAAGGAAAAAAUGUUCGUGUGCUUAAAGAGGAGUUAAAGUGUUGUUAUUGUCCGAUGACAUUUGUUAGUUCUAAGCGCUUAGCACGGCAUGAAUUAAAGCGACAUGCGAGUGAACAAACACGCAAAGAAAAUGAUUCCAUCUCUGAACAGGAACCAUCUAAGUCAAAAGGCAGUUUAGAAAAUUCGGAAAUGAAGAAUGAUCAUAAUGAAGAUAAAAAUUUAAUCAUAGCCGAACCGACACCUAUAAAGACCACAAUCUCAAGUACGUUGCAACCGAUUGUACAGAAGACACAACCGGCUAAAUUGAUUCACUUCUGUGAGACUUGUGGAGCCGGUUUUGCGCUAAGAAGAUCGCUAGUUCAUCACAAAAAGCAAAAUCUUUGCAAUAAAAUAACCUUUGAUUGCGACAAGUGCCGACGUGUUUUCAUUUCGGAAGAGACAUUGAAGGAACACCUACUAACACAUUUGCAAGAUCAUGAGUGCACCGAAUGUGGCAAGCAGUUUGGCACAAAUGAUGAACUCGGUCAACAUAUGGUAGACGAGCAUAAACGUAAUUUACGGAAUCAAUGCCCCAUUUGCAAAAAAGUUUUUACCAUACUAUCCGCACUAAAAGAUCAUUUGCGUGUGCAUAGCGGUGAAAAGCCGUUUGUAUGCGACAUAUGCAACAAAGCGUUUAGCCAAAAGACGAACUUGAAGCAGCAUAUAAUGCGACAUUCCAAGGAAAAGAAAUUCAAAUGCGAUGAGUGUGCGAGGACUUUUGUUACUAAGGGCGAACUAUGCUCACAUAGGCGUACACAUACCGGUGAACAUCCAUUCCGCUGCGAAGAAUGCUUGGCUACAUUCACAAUAUCAAGUUCGUUGGUGAAGCACAAACGUAUACAUACUGGUGAACGACCAUACGCAUGCGAUCUGUGCCCGAAACGUUUUACGUCAUCAUUUACGCUAAAAAAUCAUAGACGCACUCAUACCGGUGAAAAACCGUUCAAGUGUCGCUGGUGCAGCAAAACAUUUACACAGAAACAGGAUUGCGUUAUUCAUCAUCGUACGCAUACUGGUGAACGAAAUCAUUGGUGUCAUGUGUGUGGCGAGAAAUUUACACAUUUGGGUACAUUACGUACGCACAUGAAAACACAUGAGGCGAAAGAUGUCGAUGGUGUACCGAAAACUGCUGGCCGAGGAAAAAGGGUUUCGACACGUAGCAUGCUCAAUACUUCUAAAAGAGAUAGUAUUGAUGGUUCAGCUUACAACAUCACCAUAUUGGAUGUUGAAGAAGACGAUGGUGAUGCUGAUGGUGAUGUCGAUGAAGACACAACUACAGUUGUAACGGUGGCUCGUGAGGAUAUGGAACGUCUGGUGGCAGGUGGAACGCUAAGACGUAGUGAAGAAGCUACUGUCGGGGAGGAAAAACUUGUUCAACUAGCUAUUGAGGAAGUUUAACAAGACAUAAAAAAAUAAAGUAAUAAUAAAUACAUAAAUAAAAAAUUCUUAA